CUUCACUUCAAACCAUACAAUCAUUUCAUAAUGUUUUGCUUUUGAUUACUAUUGCCAGUCAUUCAAAGCCUGUAUUUGUUGUCAUUAUUGCCAUCACUUGUGGAGACAAACGGAGAGCAAAACAAAUAUCAGCCAUUGAGAUGAAGAGCGAGUCGUUGGCCGACAAUCAGAGUAUGGACUCGUGUGAGACAAGCAUCCAAUCCAUACCGCCAUCGAUGCCAUCGACGCCAUCGACGACCGCAUUAAUGGUGGACAGUAUGUGUCAAAUGAACGGCAAUUCGCCUAUCAUUGAGUCAUCACUAGAAGCGGAUCCAAAGGUGGGCACAAAUAGUUGGACUAUUGAGACACCAGUGGAGACGACG